AUGUUGCGCGAGAGCGAGACGCCGUACCUCGUCGAUUUGACGUGCGGAUCGCAGGGGAACGUGGCCGUCGGCGAACUCAUCACGGCCGUCGCGGAGGCGAUCGACGCGGACGUGAUCGUGAUGGCGACGCACAAUCGAGGCGCGCUCGCUCGAUUCUUCGUCGGAUCGGUGGCGAAUUUUUGUUUGCGAAACGCCACGAUGCCCGUCGUGCUGUUACGUCCGGGCGAGUACGCGCUCGAUCGCAAGCGCAGUCAUCACCGCGUGUUGAUCGACAGACACGAUUAG